AUGUCUGAAGAAAAGCCAAAGGAAGGAGUGAAGACGGAGAACGACCACAUUAACCUCAAGGUAGCUGGUCAGGACGGAUCAGUGGUUCAGUUCAAAAUCAAAAGGCAUACCCCACUCAGCAAACUAAUGAAGGCAUACUGCGAAAGACAGGGAUUGUCAAUUCGUCAGAUAAGGUUUAGGUUCGAUGGACAGCCGAUCAAUGAAACGGACACACCUGCACAGUUGGAGAUGGAGGAUGAAGACACUAUUGAUGUAUUUCAGCAGCAAACAGGAGGAGUCUAUUGA